AUGAUUGAAUUUUUCCUGCUGCUACUAGCAGCAUACUCGCUACUUUUAUUGCUAGUGAAUGCUGCCUUAGGACGGGGAAUCUCGGUAAAAGGAAUUCUAUGGCUUCAACUCCUGUAUAUUCGUGUUUCCAAGAGUUCCUUCACCUUGAAGAUGGGCUCUAUUUCAUUGACAGUGCAUCCAUUCGGGCUUCUCAAUUGGAAUAAAAAUAAUAAAUUUGGUGGAAGUUUAUUGAAAUUAAAUCUUUCCAAUAUUGUGUUAUCUUUAAAUGAUGCCACGUCUAAUCACACUGAUAAUUCACAAACAGAGCAUGGUCAAUUGGUGGAAAAGACAAAUAAUGAAAAUGCACAAACACAUACCUCUUUAACCAAAGAAAUACAGAGAAUAUUGCAAAUUUUAUCACGUUUCUACUGGCUACUUCCUAUUGAAGUAUCUGUGCACAAUUUUGCUCUAAGAAGCUGCGACACUUUAAUGAAAACGCAGGGGCUUUCUUUUUGUGUCGGAAGGGUGAAACAUACGGGAAAAGAUUCAAGGAAGUGUGUGACAUUAUCAACGCAACUGGAAAUUUCAGGGAUUUCGGUUAAUGAAUACUCUGUUCUAAAUGACCUGAAAAUUAAUAUUCAGUUAGACUCGCCACUUAACAGCCAGGAACUUUCUUUUAAAAACGUUUCAAUUUCUGUCAAUAUUAACGGAUUGGACAUGGAUAUUGAUAUGCUUAGUAAACUACUUUCAGAUAUUCGGCUUGCAAGCACAAACAAGGGUCAGAAAAUUGAUGUUAAGGUCUCUAAAAGUUCAAAUGCUGAGAAGAGGAAUGAUCUCAUCGACAUUGUGAAGGCCACAAGAAUUUCUAAUCUCUCCGUUUCUGCAGAUAAGAUUUUCAUGAAGUAUAAUGGGAUCGAUUACUUAUCAGACGGGUUCUUUUUCGGUAUUGAUAGCAAAUGCCCAGAAUUGCAGAGAUUGCUGUCCACAAAUUUUCAUAAAGUUGCAAUCAGCAUAGCUUCACUUACAGUCAAUCCAGAAAAGUACCCGAAAUUAAAGCUUCAAAUGAAUUUCAUAAAUUUUGCAAGCUUAAUUGAUAUUCGGAGAACAAUCUUUGCUUUUAGUCACAUUAAUGAGCAAGAUUAUGGCAAACAUAUUUCAAAGGAAGAUCCAUUCCUUGUUAGGAGCUUUUUCACAAUCACAAAUUUUAACAUAUCUGCAUCGUUGGAUGACUUUUUACUAAUGGACAGCACAGGCAAAGAAACAAAGAAUGGACCACAAGAUUUACAUAUAUUGGUUGCGGAGGAUGACAAAUACUCCAAGACCAGUUCAGAAAUUGGUAUGAUGCCAGACUAUCGAAGAUCAAAUAUAAUACUACUUGCCAGAAAGAUUAGGAUCAAGCUUCAGAUUUUAAGUUUUGCAUUUGAUCUUCUAUUAAACGAUAAUUUUGGGAUUGAAUUCUUAAUGGAUGAUUUGCGGUUGGAUUCAUUGGCUAGUGAGGGGCCCACUCUAUUUGAACCAGAUACAAACUACUCAAUGAUGAAGCCAAUGACUUUAGUUUCCAGAACCAUUCAGGCAAGAAUUGUUGAGGGGAAAGAAAAGAUGACUAAAAUCAUUGAAUUAGACAAGCUUGACAUUUUGGGAACAGUUUCUGUUGGAAGAGAUUCAUUCUACUUUGAUGAAAUGAAGAUAGAGAUCAAUCAAACAGAGGUUUUGUUUCAAGACGUUAAUAUGUUCAAAAAAAUGGCACAUAUAGUAAAAACGUUGAGGUCGAAUUUUGAUAUGAACAACAAAAAUCUUCCAGCAGUAAAACCAUCUAAUUCGUCAUCACAAAAUACCAACACAGAGUUGCGCUCGAAUGUAAUAAGAAAUCUGAAGUUCCAUCUUGGCAAAAUUAAGUUUGCAGCAUGCUUCGAGAACCCUGUUCCAUACUUCAAUGGAGUUUCACAAUCAGACAUGAACAAAUAUGUUCGUGGCUAUUCGUUCCAUGUUCAUGAUACUGGAUUUGAUAUUAAUGUUGAUUCGAAUGGAAAAGAUUUCGUUUUUGAUUAUUAUAUUUCACGUGUUGGUUUCUAUCUAAUCCGUGAUUUCACCAACGAAAGGAAACAGCAACUCUUUCCUCGUUUUCUUUCAUUCAAUAACUUCAAGUGUAGUUAUGACACACGCAAUAAUUCUUUGGAGUUAAGAAUUCCAAAGCUCGAUGGCGAUAUAUCCAUUGAAGUGAUUUGGUCAGUUAUGUUUGCCACAAAGAUUUUAACGGAAGCUUUCAUUCAUGAACAGAACAAAAAUAUGAGCGUGGGUGUGAAAACUAACAAGAAGAAGAAAAAGAGUAAGCUUCCAAGGAUGUUGUUACGCCUAGACUUUUUGAUGAUGAAACUGAAACUCCCAUCUAACAUUGAUUUAGCGAUUGAACUUGAUUCUCUUUCUGUUACAAACACGACUGCAGAGUUCAGAGCAUUUCGAGUAUAUGCGGUUAAUCCUCACAGUACUGAAUACUGGAGUCCAAUGCUGAUUUUCACACAUGGAAAUGUGAAAUAUAGUAAUUACGGAAAUGCUGAGCCCAUUGAUAUCUCAUUCUUCUCAUCGAGGCUCGAAAUCCCAUUUGAAUAUGUGUUUUAUCAGACAUUUGACAACGCUAGGGCAUUUCAUAAGGCAAUCAACCAGAUUAAAUUGAUGUUCAAAAACAUUCUUUUCACUGAUCCAAACGAUAAAACUUUCUCAAUUCCGAUAAUACCGCCUUCGAAAGUGGACAAACCUCCAAAAAUUCCAAAAUUGAGAAUAAGAUCAAAGCUUUUUAAGUUCUGCAUGCAUGACGAUCCAUUUGAGGUACAAUUUACCAAAUGCCUCUUGAUGGGCACAGUUGAGCAAAAGAUACGAUUAGCAAAACUGGCUGCGUUCGAAAAAUACCGUGAAAAGAUUGAACGGAAACUUGAAGAAAGAUAUACUUCAUUGAAAUUUGAAAACGGUCGCGCGAAGGUUCCGGAGUAUUAUAAAUUGAAUAGGAAUGGAGAGAAACAGACAACCACUACGGUUUUGGAGAACGACAAAAGAACUCAAUUGAAGACCGACAAAAGAUCUCAUCUUGUGAAUGAGAUCAGUGAAAAUGUGGAUGAUGAGUAUGACAAUUACUUGAAAGAUUAUCAUCAAUAUAUCGAAAUUCCAAAAAGCCGUGUACUUUCUAAUUUGAGUGAAUCGUGGAUUUUGAGAGUGAUCAACAGUAGAAAUUCCUCAUCUAUGAAGGAUAAUGAGAAUUCGUCGGAUCCUCGUGUGAGGAAAGAAUUUUUGGAUAAAUACCCUGUCAUGGUAACAGGUGAUGUUCCUCCGCUUUUUUCACUUUCGAUUAAGGAUUUGGAGCUUAAUCUUGAUCAACCAUCAUUUGGUCUUGACAAAUACCCGGACUUCCUUUAUGGAGUUGGUGGACAGAUACCAAAAGACACCGAAUAUGGAAUUUUGCUACCUGUUCAUUUGGAUCUUUACUCGUCGUCGGUUGAAAUUCAGUUGAAAGAUUAUCCACUUCCAAUAUUGGCGUUUGGUGGUGGCCAACAUGAUAAAUACGAUGCUAUUCGCAUUACUGGUGAUCUGGUAAUUGCCGAACAGAUGUACACGCCUGACGAAAUGAGAUAUAAUUUUGUUCCAUUUGUGUCCCAAUAUAACGAUAUUCAUCAAACAGAUAAUCUCUAUGCAUUCCAUGUUUCAAGGACAAUGACCAACGUUAAAUUCAUAUCAAAACUUAAUACACAUGUGAAAUCAAAAAGGCCUGCGGUGAUUUGUUGGGCAAGCGCCAUUCAACCAGCUCUGACAUGCAUGAUGAAUAGUUUUGAUGUUCUAUCUAAACCGCCAAUCGAUAGAAGUCCUUCGAUUGGAUUUUGGGAUAAGAUUCCUCUUCUAUUCCAUACAAAGUGGACAUUUGACUGCGAAAAUGGAAUUGAUUUGUUUAUCAAAGCAGGUUCUUCGCCAUACGAUUAUUUAGGAGAAGCUGCUGGAUUUCUUUUCAGAUGGAGUGAGAAUGCGGUUCUCAAGAUCAAUAGUACUGGUAAACCGGAAGAGUUUCUAAGAAUUGAAAGCGGAAAAUUUGAAAUAGAUAUUCCUAGCUUCCAUUUAUCGAGUACCGCAGACAUUUUACUUUUCCAAAGUGAGGCAAGAGAUUUAUACUCGGUCUUGAAAACAUUGAUAAAGCUUAGCAGCAAACCGGUCAUUUGGAAUCUAGGAUUCUCUUUUGAAAGAAACUUAGAUACUAAAACUACAAGACACCCGGGCUUUGCGCCAAGAACAAAGGCAUUCAAACCCCAUUAUCUUGUUCGCUUAAAGAAUCCUAUCACAUUUAAAAAUGAAAAAGAUAAAAAGACACAUGAUUCAUACAGUGGCUGGAGAAGUGAUUACAUUCACAUGGCAGUCACUGUUCAAUCCAAGGGUGGAACAUACACACACAAUUCUGCUCAUUUAACACCAUUAACAUUUUCCCGAUUUUUCCGUUGGUGGAAUACCUUUCAUGAAAGUUUGGGACUUCCUAUAAAGGGUGGAAAAUUAUUUUCGAAUAAGGAGCUCAUAUCUUGUAAGAUGAAGUCUCCUAAAUUUGGACAACACUUAUUUUCUAUUAGUUAUCAGAUUGAUUUAAGCGCUGUCAAGUUGGCACAUAUUUACCGACACGCUGUUGAUUUACGUGCCAACAGUAAAGUGUCAUUUACGGGACUUAAAUGCUUGAUUGAUAAGUUGCUGGUUGAUAUUCAUCAAAGUAAAAGGGGAAGAGUGGUACUUGAUAAAAAUAUGAUGGAAAUGGGUCAAGCUCUUUCGCUUCGGAUGACUAAAGGUAUUCUGGAUUUUGAAGGAACUGAUUUAAGAAUUGUAAACUCCGAGUUCAAUGAGACGUCACCUGCGGGUAUGCUUGCGAAGGAGAUUGGACUUCAAAACAAUGAAAGUAGUGAUGCAUCAUUUGAUGAUGUUUCAAGUAUAUCUUACAGUACAGUGUCACAAGAUUCGUGUUUUAAUGAGUGGUAUGAUCAUAAUGAUUUCAUUGAACUAGAUUCGCCAACAGUUUAUGAGGAGAUUCCAAAAUGGAAGGCAAUAAAGAUGGCACAUACACCGAGAUUUUAUUAUGUAAGGGAUCUUGGAAACUCAUCUUUUGAAUAUCCAUUUGAUGAAGUGCAAAUGCAUACCCAUGCUUGCCAGAUUGACAAGAGAAACUUUUCGCAGGAACCAACCAAGAUUGCCGAUACUAGAAUAGCUCAAAUACGUCAACUUCUAGACAUUAAGAGGUCAAUUCUUGAAAAAGAGCCAAAGUCUAAGUCAACCCAAUUGCAAAUUAAUCAGCUUGAGGAAAAACUUGCCAAAAUUCUUCAAUUGAAAGGAAACUUUAAGGAAGGGGUCUUUCCUCGAUUCAAGGACUUGGAUAAGAAAGACACAGAGGAUGCUGCAGAGAGAGAACUUUCAAGGUGUAUAUCCUCUGCUUCCUCCUAUGUUGCGAAAUCUAUCGCAACAACAGGUACAAUUUCUCCAAUUCAUCCUUCAACUUAUAAGAAUCGGUUCAUUAUCUACAAUAUUGAAGCAGUCUGGGAUACCAGAACUAAGAAUUUGUUUCUAAACUACAUUGAUAGGGUGACCGAUCGGCGUUCGUUAGUAUUCAGUCUGUCUCAUAAGGCGGUGAAGUUGGCAGAAGAUCUCAGUACCAAACUAGAGAUGGAUAAGCAAAAUAUGCCUGAAGGAGAAGGAUACGAAAGCGAGUUACAAUCAUCUACAGUUUUAAUUGAACACUUUGACCAGAUGCUUCAUGAUAUAAGCAUGAUUGAGGAUGGAAGGGCUGAAGAUACUUAUUUAAUGAAAUUCAUUUAUCCACAAUUCCGAGUUAGUGGGACAGACAAUGCUUGUCUUCUAGCCAUGGCAAAUCAAAUAGUAGCCAGAAAUGUGGAAAUUGAAUUGGCUGGGUAUUCUGCCGGAUACGUUGAUACAGAUGUUCCAAUAGAAUCACGGUGGGGAUUAACUGUUUCGGAGUUGAAUCUUUAUGUGUUGGAGAGACAGAAAGCAUUAAAAAACGAGUACCAAAUAUAUUCACCAUCGGAUAAUAUCUGGCCUCCAAGUUUGCCGUUUGAAAUGUAUUAUUCUUCAGAGAACCUGAAAGAUGCCACAGUCAUCUGGAACUUGACAUGUGGAAUGUUGGUGAACAAUCCAAAUGAGCUUCACAUUGGAUACGUUGCAGGACAAGAUAACAAUGCUUUGAAAGAGAAUAUCAGAGUUGCGGCUCCGAUGGUCAGAUUGAGGGCCAAUAGCAAACAGUAUGCUGCAAUAUUGGAUUGUGCCCUUUCUCUCAUCAAGUAUCAAAAAACUGAAAGCCAGAAGCUGAAGCAGAUUGUAAAGAAAUUGGUCAAAUUUUCAGAUAUUGGCGACUUGAAUCAGGUUGCUCGAUACAUUGAAAACUUACAGCAAGAAAUAAGACAACUUGAGAGGUGUAAAGAAAUAAUGAGAAUAUCCGAUGAGGAUUCAUACAGAAAAAAUAACACGGCAGUUAACGUGGAGCUUGAAAGAGACUUCUUACACUUGAAUGCACUUGCAGGGUACUUACAAGAAAUUAAAUCUGUCAGGUAUAAUGACUCUUAUGAUAUGAGACAAUUAUUGUUAACUGCAUUUAAUGUUGAGGUUCAACUUUUGACUGAUGAUGGAAAGCCAUUUCUUGACUUGAUUGCUGUGGACAGCUUUUAUUCUACUAUGCAAAGACCCGAUGGAGCCAGUCAGAACCAGGUCUGCAUCUUUGACUUUGUUGCAAAAGACAACCAUCCGGCAGCAAAGUAUAAAACAGUCAUUUCAAGACUUGAAACGGGCGGGAAGCCGCUAUGCUUUGUUGAUUGGAGUUUACUUCCUCCAGUUGGCGGUAUCACCAUUAUGCAAAAACGAACCAUUGAUUUUGCCCCGAUCCGACUACAGAUAGAUUACAGAUUGGCAAAGGAAAUCUAUCAAUUUGUCUUUCCGAACAGCUGUGUUAAAGUCAAGUCAGCCGCGAUCAUUAGUAGUAGCAGUGACGAUGAAGGUGCUGUGGAUGAUUUAUUUGAGACGAUGUCGACUGAAACAGAAGAUUCUGACAGUUCCACAGAUGUACUGUCGACAAGUAGUUCUAUGACGUCAGGAAGAACCUCGAAUUCAUCUCUCAUUGGCUCAGGGAAGGUCCACAGGAGUCUGGGAAAGAUUCUUAAUCGCUCUUCGGUGAGAUCUACAUCAUCUGCCAGUGUGAAUAUGAAAAAGCCACUAAAAGAGAAUUCUAAGGCCGUUGCUAAGGAUAACUUCCGUACAGAUGACAAUUAUGCUGAGAUGGAACGGAGAUCGAACCUGUAUAUGUUGGGAAAUGUGAUCAUGAUUAAUCCUAUGAAACUAUCUUUUACAUUUAAGGGUAAAGGUGCUCUCAGACUUAUUAAUGUGUCGAACAUGAUUCUUGAUAUUCCCAAAAUUGAGUUUGGAAAUACAUUAAUUUCCAACGAAGAAUUUUUGGCUUUAUUGAGAGUGAAGAUAUUAAAGAUCGCCUUGAAAAAUGUUCCAAGAUUCAUUCAGAGCAAGUUUAAGAGUGAUGAUGACGAUUCGCAUAACAAAAUCCAAAGUGAGGUUGCGGCUGCAUCCCUGAAUCCGGACACACUAAUUGAUGACAGUAAGAUGCCUUCCGGUUCAGCCGGAAAUAGCAGAACCACAUCCGCCAAAAGUAGAUUUCUUGACCCAGAUUUACUAGAGCCGAAUGUCGAAAGAUUAAAAAAGAUACGGUCUAGACAUUCUGUUUCGAGGGGAAGUAUCGCCAAUAAGGCACAGCAGAUACUUGACCCAGGAAACAACCAAAAGAAGCUUACAAAGGAUCAGAUAUUAUGCCGGGAGUUUCGAAUUCCUGACUCAGAAACAAUUGUGAAUGAGUCGAUGGUAGAAGUAUCUAUCUCCAGUAGCUUUCUUAGGUACAGGGUAUCACAUAUGAAGGAAAUAGGCUUAGCCCCGAAUAUUCAAAACUCCUUCAACGGGAAGCUCACACUCACUCAAGAUUAUCUCUUAUUUAUGGACACAUAUAAUGAAUUAGCAUGCUCAUUUGUGAUUCAACUACCAAUGGUGAAACGUAUUCAACGAAUCCACAGGGCGUACGAUUUUGCGAUUGCACUCUUGACAAUGAAUGGCUUGGAAAUUACUAUAAAAUUCAUUGGGAUCAAGUCACAAUGUGAAAGAUUCGGACAACAUCUUGUGAGCUUAUUACGGAAGAAUCUCUCAGUCGUGGAUGCAAUUUCAGAGUUUCGGAAAGGACUCUAUUCAGAAUUUUUACUAUCGAAGAACAGAUGCAAUUCACUUGAGGUUAAUGGACCGCCUGCGGGAGGAUUGGGAUGGAGUUUCAAGUUUCCGGGAAACACAAUAAAACUGAAGGAUCGUCGCAAGAUGAGGAGAUGGUUUGAUUUUUUUCGGGAAAACGGUCGGAACUUUGCUCUGGUUCGCAACGUUACUUUUUAUCGAUUGGUCAGCUACGGGUUACCGAACAAAUUGAGGGGUGAAAUUUGGGAAACUUGUUCCGGAUCCAUAUACCUUCGUUAUUUGCAUGCAAAUGAAUAUGAAAAGAUAUUGGCUGACCACGUGGAUGAAAUGUCACAGGCAAUUGAGGAGAUAGAGAAAGACUUAAAUCGGUCGUUACCCGAAUACCCGGCAUACCAAAAUGCCGAAGGUAUCAACAGGCUAAGAAGGGUACUCUCUGCUUAUUCAUGGAAAAAUCCUGAUGUGGGAUACUGCCAAGCAAUGAACAUCGUUGCUGCUGCUCUGUUGAUUUAUAUGUCCGAAGAACAAGCUUUUUGGUGCUUGAAUGUUCUCUGUGACAAAAUAAUACCCGGAUAUUAUUCAAAAACAAUGUAUGGUGUGAUGCUUGAUCAAAAAGUAUUUGAUUCUUUAGUGUCGAAAACAUUGCCACUGUUGGAUACUCAUUUCAAAAAGCAUGAUAUUCAACUAUCUAUUGUGACUUUGCCAUGGUUUCUUUCAUUUUUCCUCAGCAACAUGCCUCUUAUUUAUGCAUUCAGAAUUGUGGACAUGCUUUUGCUACAUGGAUCAAGAGUUCUCUUUCAAAUAUCAUUGGCUAUUAUUCGGGUGAAUGGAGAAAGCUUGUUAAAAUGUGAAGAGGACGGUGAGUGCAUUGCAAUUUUUAAGGACUAUUUUACUACUUUGAGUGACCCUGAAGUUUCCGUUUUUAAGCAAGACCGGGUUCGCACUAGAUUUGAUAAUCUUUGGGAAGUGGCCUUUAGAGAAUUCUCCAUGGUCGAUGAUAAGACCAUUAAGCAAUUACGGGAAAAGUUUAGCAAUGAGGUUUUCCAAGGAAUUGAAGUCUUCAUCAAGCGUACAGAAUUAAGAAAUCUACCUAAAACACACAAUCUUACAAAGACGCAAAUUUCUAAUGUUUAUGACAGGUACUAUCAUGUUUUAAUGGGAGGAGAAGGGAAUCCUCCUGAUCAAAGCUCAUGUAAUAUGGACUUUGAAUCGUUCGUUAUAUUUAUGUCACAAUUGGUAGACUGGGUGGAUAUUGAUGAUGAGUCUUCCAAGAAGUUGAAGUUUUUAGGACGUUUGUAUGCAAACUGGUCGAGCGAUGGAAUCAUGAGCCUUGCUACGUUAAUUGUUGGAAUUGACAAACUAAUGGACAAGGAUAUUAUGAAUUCUCUUUCCAAUUUCAUUGCUCUUUAUGAUGACAAGAAGGAUGGCAAAAUUGGAAGAGAACGGAUUAUCGGACUGGCAGAGGAUUUAAUAUUUAUUACGGCUCCAUGGAGGGAGGGAAAACUAUUUGAUGAUAUUACAAAUGAAGCUAUUGAAGCUGAAAUUGCUCGUAAAAUUGUUGAACGUCGUGAGAUUUUAAAAGAGAGAGGAUUAGAUGUGUCUGAAGAUGAAAUCAUCCUUCCAGACCAAGUGAGGUUCAACCAGCAGAAAUGGCAGGGCAAGCAAACAGAGAGAUAUUUGAAAUCAGGAUCUAAUUUCCUUCAAAUGAUAUUUAAAUAUGCUCAGCCUGCUGAUGAUCCAGAAGAGCCGUUGAUAGAUCUAGGCGAUAUUCCAGAUAAUAUAAAAAAGGAGAACGCAAGACAUAAUGCAGCGUUAGAUCCAUCACGGCCAGUCUACAUAACGGCUUCAACAUUUCGUAUGGUUAUUCUAGCUGAUGAAACGUACGAAUCAUUCUUCAGGACGCAAUUUUGGAAAUCGUUUCAUGUGGAUGACAAAAUCAACGAGAAUGUUGGUGUGGUCGACAAUAUAAGGGGUAUGUUUAUUCAUUUCUUGGCUGAUGGAAGACGUGUUGCAGUUCAAGUUAGAAAGAGAAUGGAUGACGCUUCGAAAGCAGGAAAGAACAGCCAAAUUCAGAACAUGAAGAGGGACGAUGGUAUGCAACCAGAAGAAUCGUCCUCAAAAAAUACCGAUUCUAGUAGUUUAAUGUCAUCUGGAGCCAACUCUAACAAGUCAGCUAGGAAAAGAAAUCUCUUUAAUGAUGACAAGAACAUCGAUAGUGAUAAUGGUGAAGACGAAAAUGAUGAAGAUGAUAACUUUGGUAGUUUUGUGGGUGCAGAGAAUGAUGAAUUUAACGAGAUACCCCUCGGUGGAAAUGAAAUGAAAGUUCUACAUACACCAAGCGAGGUAAAGAAGGAGGCCGAACUAGUUCGCAGAUUCGAGUCUACGGGUUUAAAUUAA